AGCGACUGGCGUUUGAAGUGGGCGGGUAACGUAUCACGGCUCGGUUUAGGAAAAAGGAAGUGGCGAACCUGGGACGCGGUAAUGAUGUGCACUCGUGGCUUGUACACGUAUCUUGGGAAAGUACGGCCCAUGCCUCGUAUACGGAGACGGAGCGGAGCGGACUUCUCGUCGAAGCUAAUAGAACGAGACACCUCAUGCUUGGCCAGACAGCUGAAACAUUCUCACCUCGAAGAUUACGACUGUGGAAUUCAUACCAGCUAUCCGCUCACUGCAGGGCGUCACCGUUCCUCGUUUAUGGAAACAUUCAAGGGCCACCAUAUUUGACUCCCCCAUCAUCCAUCAGCCUUUACUCUUGCCACGAUUGAUCCAGUCAUGUUACGGCCUCUCUGCGCAGCCUCAAGUGUCCGCGUAGAUAUAUGCUCGCAAAUGCGCAACUACGCGCACGCGCUUCGCCGUUAGCGACAUUCAUGUAAGGUGC